GUUCGUCGAAAUCCAACGCGACUAUCAAAAAAAAAUCUAGACAAAGAUUUCGUCACAUCACGCCAAAAAUUAAUAUCGACUAAACGAAAAGAAAAUUUCCCAAAUUCAGAAUCUAACAAACGAAUUAAAUUGUCGAAUAAUAAUGCUUACAUGAAUACAAGAUCGGUGACAAAAAAACUUGAUACAAUUGGUUCUACUUCGCAAACGCCGAGUAUUUAUGAUUUAAUCGAUUGGAAAGAGUGGCCAGUUCAUGGAAUGCACGAAAGACCCGUUUUCCAUUCCGAGCUCGGUUUGGGAACGCAAUAUUCAGACAACAGAUUUAUCAAGAAUUUGGACACAAUCACUGACACAAAUGCUUCCGACGAAUCAGAAGCCGAAUCAGAGGAUCACGACGAAGAUUUUUUACGAUUAAAAAAAUUAAUACGACAACGAAUUAAAGAUUUGGAAUCCCAUAAAAUCGAAAAUUCCUCUGACAAUAACAUCGAUAUUUUUCAAUUAACAAUGCAUAAAAAUUUACAUUUAGUCCUUGCAUUCUGCACUCAAAUAUCGAGUCACGAAUAUCAAACACAAAUUCAAAACAAAUUAAAACUCUUAAAAGCAAAAAUCACCGCUGACAGUCAAGAUUGGUCAAAAAAUGAGACAAACGAAUCGAAAAACGAGAACAUUGAUAAACCAAUAUUAAUAAAUAAUUCAGUCCCAGCGGGAAAUAUUCCAACAAACUCUAAAACAAAAAAUAUCUCUAACAAUACGUACAAAGUAUUAAAAUUCAUUUCCGCACGAAUGGAACCAGCAAAAUGUCUCAUCACACCUCGCAAAACAGUGGCAAAUAUUCAAAACAAUCAAAUCACGAACAUUCAAAAUAAUUGCUCCAAAUUACAAGAUAUUAUUCGUGGCUCCUCCAAGAAUGCCUUGAUUCUCCUUAAAAUACAAGAACCGCCGAAAGUAAAUUCAAAACGAAUAGAAAAUUCUUGUCAAAAUAAUCAAUGUGCAAAACCUUUGGUGACAAAUUUAAAUUGGAAUGAUUCAACAAUCAACAAUGACUCCAUGAUGAAUAUAACUUCCUUCUACGAGAAUUUCCUUCCUGUUGAAGAGGUGAAUUAUCUUCAGGAAUCUGAUGAAAAGACAGUUCUGGAAAUAAAAGACAACGAUCAAAAUAAAAUAAACGAAAUUAAUCAAAAUAUAAACGAAACACCAGAAACUAUGACAAUCAACUACUGUGACUCGAUUAAGGGAAUCGACUCACAAAAUUGUGAUUCGAUCGGAAAGCAAAAUAAUUAUAAUUUCACCGAUCAGCGAAAAUUCGGACUAAUUGGAGAUUUUUAUCACAAGUCGACUGCAAUUGUAGACGAACAAAAAAUUAAGGAGUCAGAUGAAAAUCAAGAAAUAUUGGAGGCUCUAGAUUUAUCCACAGUGAGGACAAGGAAAGAAGUUUCAAAAUCCAAGAAAGAAGAAGAAACUCUAAAAUCUAGAAAGGAGAAUAUAAAAUCAAAGAAGGAGGUAAUUAAAGGAGGUAAAUCGCGAGAGGAGAUAAAAACAAAGAAAGAAACAAAAUUAAAACAAGAUUCUAUCAAAACAAAGGAAGAGAUUCUAAAAGCAAAAAAAGAAAACUUGAAAUCAAGCGAAGAAAUUUUGAAAAUAAAUGAAACUUUAGAUGGAAAAAAAGAAGAAAUUCUCAACAAAGAAGAUUUACAGACUUUACUGGAAAGUACAAUAAUUUUGUAUUGUAUAAUCACUGGGGCUGAUCAGGAGAAUGUUGCAAAUUACAUAGAUACUCUAAAUGCUGUGGAAAAUUUGGAAUGGCUCAAAGAAGACUCUACUGCUUCAAAGUAAUAUUACAUUCAAUUAAUAUUACAUUCAAUCAAGGUGAUAUUAAUUUUGCCCCUAAAUAUUUAAUUUGUUCUAUAAUUUUUUUUCUCUGAUUUUCUAUUUUUAAGUAGUUUGAAAAUUGACUACCGCACGUUUGUUAUAAGACAAAAAGAAUUAAAUGUA